AUGUAUUCAGAAAACAUAACUACAUCUGUAACUGAUUUUCUACUACUUGGUUUUAAGAAUCUCCACACAUUUCAGAUUCUUAUUUUUAUUCUAUUCUUUGUCAUUUACAUCUUCACAUUAUCUGGUAAUCUUUUGAUUAUUUUACUGGUAUUGAGCAAUGCUCACCUACAAACUCCAAUGUAUUUUUUACUUAGCAAUUUAUCCUUAUCCGAAGUUGUUUUUACAACAAAUAUUGUUCCCAACAUGCUACAGAACUUAUUAUCACAAGAUGGAUCCAUAUCUUUCUCAAGAUGCCUAACUCAAUAUUAUGUUUUUAGUUCUACAGCCACAACUGAAUGUUUGCUUCUUGCAAUCAUGUCUUAUGACCGAUAUUUGGCAAUAUGCAGCCCAUUGCAUUAUGCUUCACUUAUUAAUUUCCAAGUCUGCAGCCAAUAUGCAGCAUGGGCAUGGCUAGCUGGUUUUACGAUAUCAGCGAUAACUCUUAUCCUGUUAUGUGAAUCAGAUUUUUGUGGCCCCAAUAUGAUAGACAAUUUUUUCUGUGAUCUCACACCUCUCAUAGAGCUGUCAUGUUCAGACACAUUCAUAAUAGAACUUGAAUCAUUUUUAUUUGCAACACUGGUGACAUUACUCCCAUUUGUAUUUAUUAUUGUAACGUACAUUUUUAUACUGUAUAAUAUUAUGAAGAUCCCAUCAACAACAGGUAGAAAGAAGGCUUUUUCCACAUGUAGUUCUCAUCUUGCUGUAGUGUCAACCUAUUAUGGGGCUCUCAUCACCAUGUAUGUAGCACCAUCAAGACAGCAAAUAUUUAAUUUUAGCAAAGCACUAUCAUUACUUUAUACUGUAGUAACUCCACUUCUAAAUCCCAUUGUAUACAGCCUUCGGAAUCAGGAAAUCCACAAUGCAUUAACUCUAGUUUUAAAAAAAAUUAAACAUGUUGCAAAAACUUUAGUUUAAUUAACA